ACAGCAAAGAUAGGCGAUAAUGUAACCCAUUUUGCAACAUUGUAAUAUGUAUUGAAAGCACAAAUUGAAUGCAAAGCAUGAUGGGAUUUGAUUACAAUUUAGCUGUUAUCCUAUUAUCGUUGUGACAGCUGCCCUUCCUUGCACAAACACGGAAACAGUAUGGCGUCAAACAGCAAUAGCUCCGAGAGGCAACGAAUUGCACAGCAAAGAUUAAGGAUAAUUGCAGCGCAUUUACAUAAACAUGAGGACGGUGACUCAGGAAUUAUCGCAAAAGAAUGCAAAAUUGAUGCGACCGGUUCAACGGAAGAGAAUAAAGGGACGGUGCCGAGAAAGAGGCAGGAGCUUAUGAAGUGGAAUGGCUGGGGGUACAGUGACUCCAAAUUCCUCUUUAACAAGAAGGGUCAAGCAGAAUUUACAGGCAAAAGGUAUAGCCUAAGCGGGAUGACCCUGCCCAGUUUGCAGGACUGGUUUGAAAAUACCUUUGGUGCCAGUGUGAAGCAUAAAAGCCCUGCGACACCCGUCCUGAAUGCCAGCGCUGUGCCGCCGCCCAGACUGAACGAGGCAUUCGUAGAGAACCUGAAGGCCACAGGCAUCCCAUUCUCCAAUGAGGCGGAGGACAGGGUGUUCCGUGCCCACGGUCAUUGCUUACAUGAAAUCUUUGCUCUCAGAGAAGGAAAGACAUUUGAGCGUGUUCCAGACAUGGUGGUGUGGCCAAACUGCCACAACGAUGUGGUGAAAAUUGUGGAGCUGGCAUGCAAGCACAAUGUUUGUUUGAUACCGUACGGCGGAGGGACCAGUGUGACCAGCGCUCUAGAGUGCCCUCCGGAGGAGACCCGCUGCAUCGUCUCUCUGGAUACUUCCCAGAUGAACCGCAUAUUGUGGAUCGACGAGAAGAAUUUAGUCGCCCACAUUGAAGCUGGCAUCAUCGGUCAGGAUUUGGAGAGAUUACUCAAUGAGAGAGGCUACUGUACGGGGCAUGAGCCAGACUCCAUGGAGUUCAGUUCGCUGGGCGGCUGGGUGGCCACUAGAGCGUCAGGCAUGAAGAAGAACGUAUAUGGUAACAUUGAGGACCUGGUGAUCCACAUAAAGGUGGUGACCCCUCGAGGGGUGAUAGAGAAGAGCUGCCAGGGGCCACGCAUGUCCACUGGGCCAGACAUCCACCACUUCAUCCUGGGCUCAGAAGGAACCCUUGGUGUGGUUACUGAGGUAACGAUGAAGAUCCGACCAAUCCCAGAGUACCAGAAAUAUGGCUCGGUGGUCUUCCAUAACUUUGAGGCGGGCGUGGCCUGCUUACGAGAGGUUGCCAAGCAGAGGUGUGCACCGGCUUCCAUCCGGCUCAUGGAUAACAAACAGUUUCAUUUCGGUCAUGCCCUGAAACCUCAAGUGUCGUCCAUUUUCACACAUUUUGUUGAAGGGUUAAAGAAGUUUUACAUCACCAAGUUGAAGGGUUUCGACCCCCACCAGUUAGUGGUUGCCACCCUUCUGUUUGAGGGGAACCGCGAGAGGGUCCUGCAGCAUGAAAAACAAGUUUACGACAUCGCAGCAACAUUUGGGACACACGUGGGGUACACCGUCCAACCAGGACACACGUGGGGUACACCGUCCAACAGGACACACGUGGGGUACACCGUCCAACCAGGACACACGUGGGGUACACCGUCCAACCAGGACACACGUGGGUACAGAAAUACUUGUUUAUUUGUUCUUGUCUUUUAUCAACAGGACUUGGGGAUGGACUACUGUGUGGUCGCAGAAUCCUUUGAGACAUCGGUGCCUUGGGACAGGGUAUUGGACCUUUGCCAGAAUGUCAAAGAGAGAAUUGUCAGAGAGUGUAGAGAAAGAGGAGUCCAGUUUCAACCUUUGACCUCAUGCAGAGUGACUCAGACCUAUGACUCUGGUGCAUGUAUAUACUUCUACUUUGCCUUCAACUACAGAGGACUGGCGGAUCCAGUACACACAUACCAACAAGUGGAGCAUGCUGCCAGAGAGGAGAUCCUAGCCAAUGGAGGAAGCCUCUCGCACCACCAUGGAGUUGGGAAACUUCGGAAGGAGUGGAUGAAGGACAGCAUCUCUAACGUGGGCGUCGGGAUGCUCAAGUCCGUUAAGGAAUACGUGGACCCGGAAAACAUUUUCGGCAACCGAAACCUCCUCUAAUUUACAUGACAUUUUAUAACAGCCUCUUGGAAUAAUGGUUACUAAAUGUGACAAGAAGUAUCAAUGUCUUUCACCUUCGGUAUGACUUAGUCAGUUGUGCAGUCAACAUCAGUCAGAUAACUUGCCUUGCAUUACAUUACUGCACUUAACAUGCUGUAACAAUAAUUGUCUGUGAUUCAUUUCGAAGCUCAUGGCAUCAAGUCCUCAGUAAUGUCCUCAACCAGGAUGAUAUGGUGAAUGAAGCAGUCAGGUCCUCAGUAAUGUCCUCAACCAGGAUGAUAUGGUGAAUGAAGCAGUCAGGUCCUCAGUAAUGUCCUCAACCAGGAUGAUAUGGUGAAUGAAGCAGUCAGGUCCUCAACCAGGAUGAUAUGGUGAAUGAAGCAGUCAGGUCCUCAGUAAUGUCCUCAACCAGGAUGAUAUGGUGAAUGAAGCAGUCAGGUCCUCAGUAAUGUCCUCAACCAGGAUGAUAUGGUGAAUGAAGCAGUCAGGUCCUCAACCAGGAUGAUAUGGUGAAUGAAGCAGUCAGGUCCUCAACCAGGAUGAUAUGGUGAAUGAAGCAGUCAGGUCCUCAGUAAUGUCCUCAACCAGGAUGAUAUGGUGAAUGAAGCAGUGUAUCAUACUAACGAUAGUACUGUUGAUCAUUUCAGUCACGUGUAUACAACACGCCGUAAGAAUGGCCUUUUCAUAUUGUACAUGAUGCAGGUUAACUUUUUGUGAUCCCAUAUUUGCCUACAAUUUAAUUGUUUCCUAUAAUUCUUGCCAAUUUCAUUAACUAGAUAUUUUUUUGGUAGAUGUUUAUUUACCUGUGUUUGGCACUACUUGAACAGUGAGUUCUAGAUGAAUGCUUUUUCUAAAGCUCUGUGCCUUUCUGAAGAUGUCUAUCUUCACCCUUUCCUACACACACACACUGUGGAAGCUUGACUGGUUUGUUUAUGGCAUCCUAUAUCUUCCCUUAUAAUGUGCGUGUCCUUCAUUCUAGAUUUCCUGUUUUCCAGUGGGUCUUUGUUUCUCUACUCAAGCCUUGUAUUACUUAUACUAUUAAUGAUUGCUAAGAGAUGUGUAUUUUGUUGUACCGACCUAGGAGGAUUUAUAUUACGUUGAAAGUCGUGCCUCUGCUGAAAAUGUACCUCAGGGUAAAAAUGUCCCUCAAACCCAAACGUUAAACUGUUUGAAGAAACUAGGAUAUGAUGCUUAACAACUUAUUUUUUUAAUUGAUGUUUUAUUUUAGAUUUGACCUUGCAUGGUCUUUGCCUGUCAUACAGAGUUCAGUUUGUGGACAAUGUACUUGAAUCAUACAUGCUUUUAGUGUGAACAUGUUACAGACGACUGAAUCCCAAAACCCAUGUUUGUACCAAAGACUUUCAGCACAACUGUUUCACUGCUUUAUACAGACCAUGCAAACAUCCUGGAUGUAUAGGUCUGUACAUGCUGUAUAGUUAAAUGUAUGGGACAUUCAUACAGUUAAUACAUGAACCUAUAACCUGAUUAUACAUAUUUUUAUUCAAUUCAGAUAUGCAAAUUUACAAAUAUCAAAAUGUGUUCAUAUUUGUUACUUUAAAUGUUACAUGUUCAUGUCAAUGAAAAACAUUUUCUUUAAAUUCAAUUACAAUAUUUUGUCACUACUUUAAAAAAAAACAAUUGCCUACAAGCAAGAGAGGUUGUAUUUAGACAAAAAUACAUCCGACUAAAUUGUCUGUUCCCUGGUGAGGGUCCCAGUGUUGUGGUUUUGUUGGAAAGGAUACAUUUGAGUGAAAGAUAAUUGUACCUUUGUCACAAUUUACAGAUGAUUAUGCGUAUAAGUUUGGCGUCUUUGCGAGGCAUGUGUCGAUGUUGUGCCCAAUCCUAAAGUCAGACAUGGGAUUCUACUGUACGGUGCUAGACUAAGAUACAUGAAAUGUAUUGCUACCGUUUUCCUGUCACUACUGCGUGACUGUGUUCCUCCUGUUCUCAGCCUCGCAGUUUUCCCACAGUGCAUUGUCACCUUCCUGCCCAAGUAUCUCACCUCUCCACCUCCAAUGAACAUGUUGUCAAAGGAAAUGGUGGAGCCGGAGACAGCGUUUUAUCUAAUCAGUUUCAUGCUUUUACUUCCUGUGAUGGUUCCUGAAAGAGAACUUAAAUGAGAGCUUGAAAUCUGAAUGUUAUGCAUGUACUUUUUUUUGUGUUAUUUUUCAAUUCUUAAAGUUAUUAACAUUUAAGUACCUUUUAUCAAUGAUGUUUGUGCAGUAAAUACAUUGAAAUAAAACAAGCAGUAGUCUGGAUAUUUUUCAGAUAACAGAAUGACACCAAUCGGUUGAAUAGAAAUGCAGUUGACAGGAAAUGUCUCUGUUUGUCCGUGACGUAAUGCAUAUUCAUAAUAAAGUUCAACAUACGAGGUA